AUGAGGAGUCAUUCACCACAGGAUCAGAUCUAUGGCCCUCUCUCUAUUCCUGCAUAUUGCUGGCCUAUCAUUGACACACCAGAAUUUCAAAGAUUAAGAAAUGUUUAUCAACUUGGUGGAGUUGUGUACGUUUAUCCGGGAACAAAUCACAGCAGAUUCGAGCAUUCUCUUGGUUGUGCUCAUCUUGCAGGUGUAUGGAUGAAUCAUUUCAAGAAGACUCAGCCAGAGUUAAAUAUUCUCGAGAAAUACGAAAAAGCAGUUAUUAUUGCUGCUCUCUGUCAUGAUCUUGGCCAAGGACCGUACAGUUAUGUAUUUGACCAAGCAGUUGCUCAAGAGAAUCCGUAUUGGAAGCAUUCAGAAAUGUCAGCAAAAAUUUUGAAAUUAAUCAACGAAAAAUAUUCAUUAAACAUCGAAUCUGAUGUAUUAGAUGCAGCAUGUGAAUACAUAAAAGGCGACGAAUACAACACUUUUCCUAAAUAUUUAGCUUCAAUCGUACAUAAUCAGCAAUGUGACAUUGAUGUUAAUAAAUUCGACUACCUUUCACGUGAUAUGAAUCGUGCAUUGAAUACUGGCUCAUUCAUUUAUGACAGACUUAUUUAUAACAGCCGUGUAAUUGAUGAUCAACUUUGUUGGAAGUUUUCAGAAAUACCAACAAUCGAAAUGUUCUUUUAUAACUUCAAUGAUAUGGCAGAGCGGGUUUACAAGCACAGAGUUGUUCAAGCAAUCGAAUUAAUGAUUAUGGAUAUUUUCGACGUCUUCUUUGAGAAAGUCGACAUUACAGAACUUACGCAGGAUCCAAAUGUCUUCGUUCAGUACGAUGACCGUAUCCUUUAUUCAGUAGAGUUGAACGAAUACGGAGAAAAAGCGAAAAAUAUCUCAGAUCGAAUCAUCAGACGCGAUCUUUACAAGUUUAUUGGCGAAGUACGUAUUGCUCCAAAGAAUUCCGGUGGAGAAAAGUACAGCCAACGCCAUCCAAAGAGUAUCGAAGAAGAUAUCGUCGAAAAAGUCGACGGAUUGACAACAGAUGACAUCCGUGUUGUAUCAUCUAGGUUUAGAUAUGGAUUAACACGCGAUCGCCAUCCUUUGCUUUGCAUUCCUUUCUGGAAAGAAGAGAAUCAAAAGAUUUUCCUUACAAAAGACCAAAUUUCUGCUAUCAAUCCUGUCUAUUUCUCUCAGUCUAUGAUGCGUGUCUUUGUCACAAACAAAGAGAAGAAAGCUUUGGCAACUCAGGCAUAUGAAAAAUGGAAACAAUCUGUUCCUUCGUUAUAA